AUGUUUACUUACGUCAACUUCUUUAUGGUGCGCCAGGGCAGAACCAGCUACACGAUAAAGUGCCGGGGCGUCAUCUACCAGUUUCGCAAGCCAGAGCACGAGCUUAAGCUCAAUCUGAUAGACCAGGCGAGGAUCAUAUACGGUAGUUUUGUGCCGGCCACUCCAAAGCAAUAUAAGCUGGGCCCCUUCUUCGUGUAUCGACUGCCAGACGCGACUACGAAUGCGGUCUUGUAUGAAUCGACCAGGGUGGUGGUCGAGUCGCGUACAGACUACGCAUGUUGCGAGCUGCGUGGAGCACUGCGAGGGCUUGCAAAGUUUUUUGCCGCAGGCAUAAAUAACAAGCCAGGCGAUCUAAAAGCACGAGCCGGGCUGCAGGACGAGUACAAGGUCAAGUUGCUGAAGCUGAAAAACCAAUGUCCAAAGCGGUUCCAUGGCCACAUUGACCGUACGACCGAGGCGAUAAAGGUGCUCUUUGAAGACAGAGGCGAAAACACAUGGCCCAUGGUGGUGGGUAAUCUAGGCAUCUCGCCGCGGAACACCCUUCGCGAAGACAGGGGGGGUACGAAUGGCCCGCGGCGGCACUCGCCCGACCUGGUUGGCUUCUUCAACUGGAAUCGAGUCGACGUCUGUCCGUUUGGCAUAUCCGAGGCGUGCAUCGAGCUCUUUCUCGGGCACAGGGACCCCAAGACGCGCAAAUGGAGGCUUUGCUACAAGUACGCGAACCUGAAGAAGUACUUCGAAAAGGAGCUGACAGAGCUGAUGCACUGGCAGUGGGACGAGCAACGCAUGACCGUGGCCGUGGAAUUAGGCCAGUUGCUGCACAUGCUGUACUUGGUAGAUCACGGGCCGCAGAGGGUGGCCACAGGAGCGAAGGACUUGAAAGACACCGAUCCACUAUGGGACUACCUCGAUAAAGCUACCUUUGGCGUGGGGAUGACGGACGAAGAACUGGGAUUGCCAGUCGAUAAGUGA